GACGUGGGGCGGGGCCCUGCCGGAAAGCAGAGGCCCCUUCAGCUUUCACUCUCCGUCUGCGAGCGAGAGAGACCCCGACCCCGGCUCGGGGGCUGGGUGCAGGCGGGCCAGGCCAAGUCUCCAGGCGUGAGGGGUCGGGGAGCUGGCGCAACUGGCCGGGUGGGGCCGAGCGCGGGAGCGGGUUCGUGCGUCACCCUCACGCGCGGGGAAGGAAGCCAGGCCGAGGCCCAGCGCUGCGGGCUCGGGCGCUGCGGCACGUCCGCAGGCUCCGCCGAGAGGUGGCGGCCGCUGAGAGGCGGGAGAACCGAGGGCGGGCCUGGGAGGUGGCCCGGAGGUGGGGCGCCGCCGGGGGCCGGCCCUCGCGGGCUUCAUCUGAGGGUGCACGGCCUGCGCCCGAGUGCUGGAGACUCUGAGGCAUGGGCCGACGAGCGGCUAGAAUGGCCAUGGGCUGCCGAUGGAGCUUCCUGAUCGGCCUCCUGGGUGCCGUGUGGCUGGUGGGCUCGGACCACGGCGGACAGCAGUCCCCGGAGACAGCGGCGCAGAGGUGCUUCUGCCAGGUUAGUGGUUACUUGGAUGAUUGUACCUGUGAUGUUGAAACCAUUGAUAGAUUUAAUAACUACAAGCUUUUCCCAAGACUACAAAGACUUCUUGAAAGUGAUUACUUUAGAUAUUACAAGGUAAAUCUGAAGAGGCCAUGUCCUUUCUGGAGUGAUAUCAACCAGUGUGGAAGAAGGGACUGUGCUGUCAAACCUUGUCAAUCUGACGAAGUUCCUGAUGGUAUUAAAUCUGCGAGCUACAAGUAUUCCGAAGAAGCCAAUAAUCUCAUGGAAGAAUGUAAACAAGCUGAACAGCUUGGAGCUGUGGAUGAAUCUCUGAGUGAGGAAACGCAGAAGGCUGUUCUUCAGUGGACUAAGCAUGAUGACUCAUCAGACAACUUCUGUGAAGCUGAUGACAUACAGUCCCCUGAUGCUGAGUAUGUAGAUUUGCUCCUUAAUCCAGAGCGCUACACAGGUUAUAAGGGACCGGAUGCUUGGAAGAUAUGGAAUGUCAUCUAUGAAGAAAACUGUUUCAAGCCGCAGACAAUUAAAAGACCUUUAAAUCCAUUGGCUUCUGGUCGAGGGAAAAGUGACGAGAAUACUUUUUACAGUUGGCUAGAAGGUCUCUGUGUAGAAAAAAGAGCAUUCUACAGACUUAUCUCUGGCCUACAUGCAAGUAUUAAUGUGCAUUUGAGUGCAAGAUAUCUUUUACAAGAUACCUGGUUGGAAAAGAAAUGGGGACACAACAUUACAGAAUUCCAACAGCGUUUUGAUGGAAUUUUAACAGAAGGGGAAGGUCCAAGAAGACUUAAGAACUUGUAUUUUCUCUACUUAAUAGAACUAAGGGCUUUAUCUAAAGUGCUACCAUUCUUUGAGCGCUCAGAUUUUCAACUCUUCACUGGAAAUAAAGUUCAGGAUGCAGAAAACAAAAUGUUACUUCUGGAAAUACUUCAUGAAAUCAAAUCAUUUCCUUUGCAUUUUGAUGAGAAUUCCUUUUUUGCUGGGGAUAAAAAAGAAGCAAACAAAUUAAAGGUGAAGAUUAUAAUAUCAUCUACUUUCAGAGUUGUGGAGGACUUUCGACUGCAUUUUAGAAAUAUUUCAAGAAUCAUGGAUUGUGUUGGUUGUUUUAAAUGUCGACUAUGGGGAAAACUUCAGACUCAGGGUUUGGGCACUGCUCUGAAGAUCUUGUUUUCGGAGAAAUUGAUAGCCAACAUGCCAGAAAGUGGGCCCAGUUAUGAAUUCCAUCUAACCAGACAAGAAAUAGUAUCAUUAUUUAAUGCAUUUGGAAGAAUUUCUACAAGUGUGAAAGAAUUAGAAAACUUCAGGAACUUGUUGCAAAAUAUUCAUUAAAAAAAGAGAGAGUGUUGAAGUGUGCCUGUUUUUGGACAAUGGAGGCCAGAGUGUAAUUUCAUUUAAGGCAAAAUUAUCAAUCACAGUCUUAAGCCAAAACUUUUAUAAAAGGUUGCUUUUGUAAGAGGAGAAUUAUAUUGUUUUAAGUAAACAGUUUUUUCUAAUGUGUUAAGUCUAUGUAUACAAUAGACUCAUUACUGUGAGGAAAAGUAAUACUUUGAUAAUGUAUAAAUUUUAAAGUUUAAUAUUGAAUAAAUCAGGAUUGCCCAAUUCAUAGAUGGUAAAAUUAAGUGAAUGAUGCUUUAAGUCUUUCAAAGCAGAGUUUUUUGAAAGGAGAUGCAAAAUAAAUAAAACUAAUGACAAUGGGACAAGUGGUUAAUAGGAAUAUUCUAAGGAGGUUCAUGAAUGACCCAUAAUUAACAGCCUGGAAUUUUUCAGUACAUUUGGGCUUGUCAGAUUUAGGAAAUAAAAACACAGAAUGCCCAGUUAAAAAUGAAUAGUUUUUAGUAUAAGUGUGGUCCAUGCAGUAUUUGGGACAUGAUUAUACUAAAAUUUAUUUGUUAAUUGUCUGAAAUUCAAAUUUAACUUGGAAUCCUAUAUUUGAUCUGGCAAUUAAAUACAUUGAUAUGAAACAAAUCACUUUUAGUAUUACAUUGUUAUUUUGAUCGGGUUGUUUUGGUAUAUAGAAAGAUACAACCACAACUCAAAGACAUAGAGAAUUUCUAAACAUUGUGAAAAGUUAAGUAGAUUUAUAUAUUUAUUUUCAUAAUACUUUCCCUAAUACUGAAUAUAAUUUGGGGGGAACUUUUUAUGUUCAUGAAAUUUCAAAUUUACAGAAAAGUUGGAAGAAUAGUACAAAGAACUCCUUUACCCAGAUUCACCAAUUUUUCGUAUUUGCUUUAUCUUUUGUGUUCUCUUUGUACAUAUACUCAGAUACUAUUUUAUCCUCAGUUGUUUGAAAGUCAGUUACAGACAUCAUGCUCCUUUAGCCCUAAAUAUUUCAAUAUAUAAUACUGAAUAAUUUUUAAAAAAUGAUUUUCUCAAAAGAACAAACAAAACCCAAACAAAAAGAAAAACAGAUGUGGAACUAUAGUACUAUAAGCUUUAGAAUAAGGGAUCAUUCGAAUUCCAGUCUUAAAGUUCUUUUUGAGUUUUGUUGCUCUUUUUGCACUUGAUCUGUAUAGUCAUAGUGAAUUUUGUGUUUUUUUAUAUGUGAAGUUUGUUUCCUUUGCCUCCCUAAAACUGAAGGGAAGGUUUUCUUUUGGAUACUUUUCAAUGAUAAAAAUGUUUUAAGAGGUUUAGAAAUUUAUAUCAUGAGGUAACUGUAGGGAAAAAGAAACUGUAUACCUCAAAAUCAUGUACCUUCUUUAUAGGUGUUUCAGCAGGUAUAGCAUGUUGAAAUGUUUAUUAUUAAUAAAGCAGGGUUUAUUUAUAUGAAAGUUUAGAAAAUGUCAUUUUACACUGCUGUAUAUUUUUUCUUCUGUGUUCCUAACACCUGGUAUAGUGACAAGCACAUAGUGGGUAUCCAAUAUUUGUUGAAUGAAUGUAUGAAUAUAUAUCCAAUAUAUUUUAAAUUAAUAAUCACAGAGCUAAAUUUAAUAAUGUGUGUUCUAUUUUCCUUUCCCCCCUGUCAUUUUCUUUGAAUAGGGCAGGAAAAGACAGACUUAAACCAAUAAUUAAGUCAGUCCUCUUGGAGAUUCAUAUCUCUAUGAAGUGACCACAUUUGUCAUCCUCUGAGAAUAUGGUAGCUGGUUUCAAAUGCUAAUUCUGUUUGUAUGCAUCUCUAACUCUCUUCUUAUGCUUUUUUUUUUCUUUCUUAACAGCCAAACUUUUUGAAAGAAUAUUCCUGCCCUCACUUUCUACUUGUUCCUUAAUUAAAACCUGGCUUCUGGCCUUGUAGUUCCUAAGAAUCUCCUCCUGUGAAGUUUAAAACUCUAACUGUAAAUCCACAGAUUAGUUCACAAGCCAUUUCUUAUUUGAUUUUUUUGCUGCACUUGACAAUACUAACUCCCACUUAAAAGUUCUUUAUUCCCUUGGUUCCUUAAAUUUGAUUCCCUCCUAGAACCCUCCUUUUCAGCCUCUUAAUUUAUUCCUUAAAUAUUAUACUCAGACAUUUAUCUUGCUGCUGUCAAUUACUACACCAAUUCUCACUCUUUGGUAAUCCCAAUCCAGUGAUUCCUAAAUCGUUGGUCUUUAGCCCAGACCUUAAAUCCAGUUGCCUGUUGCAUAUCUUCACUUGGCUGUCCCCUAGACCACUGUGUGUAUCUAAAAUAAUCAUUCCUCCCCCAAACCUACUCUUAUGCCUGUGCUCCUUAUUUUGGUUAAUUUCAGGACCAUUAUCUUGUAAGUUUCCUCUACUCGCUCCUGUCUUCCACCUUUCCCCUAUCUAAUUAGUGUCUAAAUUCCACUGCUUUCAUCUCCAUAUCUCUGAUACAUCACUGUCUUUCCAUUUUCAUUGCUCAUAUCUAAAGUGCACUAACUUGACUUUUGGUACCAAGACUGUUUCUUCUCUGUUGCUCCACAAUGGUACCAGGGUAGGCUUUCUAGAAGUACUCUGACAAUGUUAUUCUCUGCUUAAUACCCUUCAGUGAGUUCAUGAACCUUCACAAGAAAGCCAAACUCCUUUAUCUAAUGUUCUGAUAAAAUAGACUUGCUCACAGUUCUUCAAAUGCACCACAUGGUUGGGCCUCCACACCUUGGUUGUUCUCUGCAUCAAGGAAGCCCUCCUUCCUUACCCGGAAAAUUCCUCUCCGUCUUUGCAGGACCAUUAUUAGCAUCUCCUUUGUGAAAUCUCCCUUGCACCAUUCAAGGAGAGUCAGCGAACAUCCUUUUUUUUGUGCCACCACUGUUAAUUAGAACCUACCUCUUUUGUAUCACUUAUUGUACUGUAUUGUUUUUUAAAGCCUCUUUUACUAGACUGUGAGCUCCUUAAGGGCAGGAAAAGGAACUUUAUUCAUUUAUGCAUGUCCAUAGUAUAGUUUUUGGCAUAUGAACAUUUAAUAAAUGUUUGUUAAUAAA